AUGUAUCUAAAUGUUGUAUUUAGAGAACUCUGUUCCGAAAACGAGGUGAAGAAUGAUUAUUUAGAGGAAAGGGAAAGAUCGCCAAGUCAUGAUUGUGAAUUAAAACCAGCCAUUUUAAAAGUUGAAGAGCAAGUUCAAGCGUUAAGACAACGUCAGGAGGAGUUUAUUAAAAAGAUAUUCGAAGAAGUGGGAAAAUUACAGAAAACAGUUGAAGAUAAUUCAUGUCUUCCCAGAAAAUCUGAAAAUGGUAAAGCGUGCGAUAUAAUUUUAGCAUGUAUGCGGUGUUUUUAUAAGUUAUAUUUGAAUUUGGCUCAUUUUUAUUUAAUUUUGUUUCGUUCGUAUUAAACAAGAUACUCUUUGUUGUUAAUAUAUAGUUAAGAACUGCGCUGAUCUAUACAAAAGAGGAAUCAAACAAAGUGGAGUUUAUCAGAUUGAUCCAGAUGACAAGGGCAUUUUCAACGUAUUUUGUGAUAUGACGACAUCCGGGGGUGGAUGGACUAUGUUUCAACGUCGUCUUGACGGAAGUGUUGAUUUCUACCGAGGGUGGCAAGAUUACAAACAUGGCUUUGGUGAUCUGAAAGGUGAAUUCUGGCUCGGGCUUGACAAGAUCCACAGACUAACAACUGCUCCACAAAAUGAACUUCGUAUUGACAUGGAGGAUACAUCUGGAAACAAAAAAUAUGCAGAAUAUGAUUUAUUUGCUGUCACUAGUGAGGAAAAGAAUUACAAAAUGAGCCUUGGAACAUAUGCCGGUAAAUAGUUCCAUUAAAUUCGUCACACUGUGAACACGGUCAUCAUAGCAGCAAUAUAAAAACAACGUGCAGUAUAUGAAUUUGUCAAUAGCACAAAGUCCAGACUUGGGAAGAGAAAUAAUAUAGGAGCUGAUCGAGCCUGUUAUUAUAGAUGCUAGAGUGUGUAAAAAUGAUCUCCGUCAUUUUGUAUUUUAAUCCUUAAUUGAGUUAAUUUCGCAAGCAAGGCAUUUUUUCAGACAGUGCGCUCAUAUAGCAACAGACAGCUGUCUUAUUAGGUAAGCUUAGGAGGCGGACUACAGUAUGUCCGGGGUGUUUAUCUGAGCUCCACAUCGAGCGGGCCCUCCUAGGUAAGAGGCUUUGUGCUUACCAAAAUCCAUUCUAAACAUCGGUUUUUUACGCGAUGUCACUAACCACUCGAGACCUUGACCUGGUAGAGCAGGAACUUUCUGGUGUAAACGUAGCAGGGAGGGCUGGCCCUGCUAGCACGACUGAGUGAAAAUCCGAAGUAUCCGUCGUAUUAAACCAGAAUUUCUGAAGUAAUAAUAACUGGUAUCCUAGGGCGCUUUCCAUUAACACGGCCAGACCGGUCAGAACGGUCAAAUUGUUGAAUGGAACACAAAACAUCUGGGCUUCGGACCUAUCUAACCUGAAAUUUUAGAGUAACAUUAGAAUGAGGUCCAUUUUCGCUAGAUAUUUGAGAAACAUAGACCAGAUCUUUGCGUUGAUACAGAGAAAAUAAUUUGGGUCUGACCGGUCAGGCCAUUAAAUGGAAAGCGCCCCAAUCGUCUGUUAUAGUUACUAUUCAAAGUUUUCUCGGUAAAAAUACGGUUUCGGAUUUCGCGAGAAAAUAAAUGAGUUGUACGAAGACGUUUAAUACGGUUCGUGGAAGCAAGUCAGCUCUAUUUGAAACACUUAAUUUCUGUUCUGAUUAAUCUUCUGUUCAGACGCGAGCUGAAAACUAGCCCUGCUAGUUUGAUCAGUCCUUUAUAUAAAUAAUAUAACAACCCUGUAGGUACAGAACAAAGGAUUUGAUCGAGUUAUUAAGUAUUGAUUCAAUAUUUUUAAGGUACAGCAGGAGAUUCUCUCUCAACUCAUAAAGGAAUGGCAUUCUCGACUAAAGAUUCCGACAAUGAUGUACAUAAGGAUAACUGUGCUGUGACGUUCAAAGGUGGUUGGUG